UCAGGAGUAACACAUGGUCCUGGACUGCAGAUUACAAUUGGAGUACGAACAGAACAGAGAACCAGCCAAAAGUAGAGGAGAGCCAGACAAACAACAGGGAAUAACAAGGAAUCAGACAGAGAGAAACUUUUUUAGAAACUGAGAGAGAGAGAGAGAGUGCGUGAGUUUUCAGAGAAAAAAGUUUUCAAAAGAAACUUUGCCUCUGGAAAGAUAAAGCUGCUUUGAAGCUUUUCUUCAGAUGACAUUUCUGAUGUUGUAGUAUCUGCUGUGUGCCAGUGUGUGUGUUUGUGUAUGUCUGCGCUUGCUGAGAUUGUUGUUUGUGCAUACAUACCUUGGAGGAGCAUUUCUUUUCUUGCCUAGUUUGCAGAUGACUUUUGAUCAGUGUGUGUGGGUGUGUGUGCGUCUGCUCGGCGUGUGUAUGUGUGUCUAGUUUCUGGUGUUUGUCUGUAUUCUGAGGCAGUUACUCUGUGGGUUCUGAGCAGUGCUUGUUUGUGCGCGACUGUAUUUGUGGAGUAGGACCUGCCGGUGUGCCCACGUGUUUGAGUGUGUGUGUGUGUGUGUGUGUGCGCGCGCGUGUGUGUGUGUGUGUGCUAAAAUGGUCGGCUGUGAUAAUAGCGCAAUUUUCAUCUCAGGGCCUCCUUCAGUCUAGGCCACACAGCUAUCUCAAUCUUUGUGUGUGUGUGUGUGUGUGUGUGUGUCUUAGUGUGUGUGUGUGUGUGUGAGAGAGAGAGUGUGUCUUAGUGUGUGUGUUUGUGUAUAAGUUUGUGAGUGUAUACAGUCUGAGAGUCUGCAAGUCAGUGCGCUGUGUGAAUGUGUGCAUGUCUGAGUGUCUCUGUGCCAGUAGAAAGAGUCAGUGUUUAUUGAGUUUUCUUGUAUGACUCAGUCGGAGCGGUAUCGUGAGCAAGCAGUGUUUUGGGCUAGCAGGCAUCUCUAAGAGAGUGAGAGAGUGCAUGUGUCUUGCGGGUUCGCAUUGUGCUUGAACUUGUGCUUGUGUGUUGCGUGUGUGUCUUUGUGGAUUUUCUUGUGGUAUAUAAGUGGUGUAGUGUAUUACACUGACAUUACAUUAUAUUCGGCAGACGUUUUUAUACAAAACGACUUACAAUCAAACUUCCGUGUACUGCAGUGUUGUGUAGCGUAGUGUGUUAUCAUCAUGGCCUCUCUCCCGUCCUCCUCCGCCUCCUCUCUCCUCCUCCUGCGCCUCAUCCUCGUCCUCCUCCACACGUCGGGCCCGCCGCCCGUCAUGGCCGCCAUGGACACCUGCUACGACGACGAGGGCCUGCCGAGCCGCUGCAUGCCCAAGUUCGAGAACGCCGCCUUCAACCGCACUGUCAUGGCGUCCAACGCGUGCGGCUCGCCGCCCGAGGACUACUGCAUGCAGACGGGCUCCAAGAGGUUCUGCCACAGCUGCGACGCCGGCGACCCGGCGCGGCACCACGGCGCCACCUACCUGACGGACUUCCACACUGCGGAGGAGCCCACCUGGUGGCAGAGCCAGUCCAUGUACUACGGCGUGCAGCACCCCAACUCAGUCAAUCUCACGCUACAUCUCGGCAAGGCGUUUGAGAUCACCUACGUGCGCCUGAAGUUCUACACAAGCCGUCCCGAGAGCUUUGCCAUCUACAAGCGCACUGAGGAGAACGGGCCCUGGCAGCCGUACCAGUUCUACAGUGGAACAUGCCGGAAGACCUACGGCAGAGACCCAAGGGCAUUCCUGAGACCAGGUGGGGACGAGCGGACAGCGCUCUGCACUGAUGAGUUCAGCGAUAUCUCACCCCUCACCGGAGGCAACGUGGCCUUCUCCACACUGGAGGGACGGCCCAGCGCAUACAACUUCGAUCAGAGCCCCGUGCUACAGGACUGGGUGACUGCCACAGACCUGCUGAUUUCUCUAGACAGGUUGAACACCUUUGGUGAUGAGUUCUUUAAGGACGCCAAGGUGCUACGCUCCUACUUCUACGCCAUCUCAGACUUCUCCGUGGGGGGCAGGUGCAAGUGUAACGGCCAUGCGAGCGAGUGUGUGGCAGGUGAGAGCGGGAAGCUGGAGUGUGUGUGUGAGCACAACACCACGGGAGCCGACUGCCAGCUCUGCGCCCCGUUCCAUCACGACCGGCCCUGGGCACGGGCCACUGCGGACUCUGCCAACCAGUGCAUUAGGUGCAACUGUAGCGGCCACGCAGACGAGUGUGUGUUUGACGCGGAGCAGUACCGCAGCACGGGCAGCGGGGGGCGCUGUGUGGGCUGCAGGGAUCACACGGCCGGGCCGCAUUGUGAGGCCUGUCAGCAGCACUACCACAGGCUGACACCUCAACACACCUGCAGAGAGUGCAACUGCAACGCCAUGGGCUCCGUGAGUCUGCAGUGUAACGCGGAGGGUGUGUGUUCGUGUCGGGAGCACGUGACGGGUGUGAAGUGCGAUGUGUGUGAGCCAGGAUUCCACUCUCUCAGCCCAGCUGGAUGCAGGCCGUGUGAAUGUGACCCCCGCGGUAGUGUCGGGGUGUGCUCGGCUGAGGAUGGACGCUGCCACUGCAAGCCACACGUGGAGGGACACAACUGUGACAGGUGUCGUCCUGGAACAUUUAAUCUCCAAGAGGAGGAUCCAGAAGGCUGCCAGACCUGCUUCUGUUUUGGCCACUCCCUUGCCUGCCAUUCCUCCAAUCAGCACGCUCCAAUCAACAUCACCUCCGACUUCCUCGAUGAUGCUGACGGCUGGACAGGGCGCUUCUCAGACGGUCAUGACUCUGCUCUGCUGUGGAAAGAGGGGGAGGUGUACCUGCUACCAUUCAGCGACCAUGACAUGGGAUAUUACACUGCACCAGGGAAGUUCCUGGGUAACCAGUUGAUGAGUUAUGGCCAGUCUCUGUGGAUCCGCUUCUUGUCCGAGGUUCCGGAACUCCUGCCUCAGAGCAUUGCCGUGGUGAUUGAAGGUUCCGGAAUGGCUGUGACCGCCCAACUCCACUCCCAGGCCGACCAGCGGCCUCGCGGUCAUAGCACAGCUGCCUUCACACUCAGAUUGAAAGAGCGGGAGAUGAGACCCCUCAUGUCAGCGUUUGAGUUUCAGCGCCUCCUCUCCAACGUGACCGCACUGCAGAUCAGCAACGCAGGGGGACUCAACUAUACGUCCCAGUUGGCUGGCGUAAUUCUGAGUUCUGCUCGGCCCGUCCAUCCUGGCCCGGGAUCAGGUUCCGCGUCUGCCUCCUGGUCAGCACCGUGGGUGGAGGAGUGCCAAUGUCCCGCUGGCUUCGCUGGACGCCACUGUGAGCUGUGUGCCCGAGGCUUCACCCGCGAGGUGCCCGGCACAGGCCCUUACACACGCUGUGUGCCCUGCAACUGCCAUGGGCAUGGAGACUGCCACCCCGAGACAGGAGAGUGCACCUGCAGCGAUUUCACCAGCGGUCCAACCUGUGAGCGAUGCCUGGACGGUUACUACGGCAACGCCUUGAUUGGCAGCGCGGGCGACUGCCAGCCGUGCCCGUGCCCGGACCGUACCAGCUGUUCCCAGCUGCCCGACACAGGGGACGUGGUCUGCACCAACUGCCCCGCUGGACAGAGGGGCACCAGGUGUGAGCUGUGUGAGGACGGUUUCUACGGCGACCCCUUGGGCCUGCGCGGCGUGGUGCGCCCCUGCGUGCGGUGCGAUUGCCACGGCAACGUGGACGUGAACGCCGUCGGGGUGUGUGACCACGUGACGGGACGCUGCCUCAAGUGCCUGGGCGACACGGCGGGAGAACACUGCCAGCUCUGCCGGCCGGGUUUCUACGGCAACGCGGUGGACCCCAACGUGAGCCCCUUUGGGAAGUGCAAACCAUGCAAUUGUAAUGCUGCGGGCACCUCGGGGUCCAUGCACGAGUGCCAUCCCGUGACGGGCAUGUGCCGCUGCCUGGCUGAGGUGACGGGCCGAGACUGCAGCCAGUGCGAACCAGGAUUCUACAACCUGAUCCCUGGACUAGGCUGCCAGAGAUGUAACUGCAACCCCGUUGGCUCUUCCUCCCCGGCCUGCCACCCAAUCACAGGCCAGUGUGUGUGCCGUAUGGGCGUGCAGGGGACGGCGUGUGACUCCUGUCGCCUUGGUUACUUUGGAUUCUCAUCCAGAGGCUGCAGAGCUUGUAACUGUGAUCCGAUGGGCUCGGUCUCCAUGCAGUGCCAUGGCAACGGAACCUGUCCCUGUCGUCAUGGUUUCGUGGGCUACAAGUGUGACAGGUGUGAGCUGAACUACUUCCACAGUCGCGACACACACCAGUGUGAGGAGUGCCCAGUGUGUUACAGCCUCAUCAGAGACCAGGCCGCGCAGCUGAAGUCUAAGAUGCAGGCCCUGGAGAAGCUGCUCUCCAGCUACGACUGCCGCAACAUGCCCAGGCACUUCCCUCCCCGCCAGUACAACUAUGUGCACCAACCUCGCGUGCACCAGCCUCACGUGCACCAGCCCGACCAUCACGUGCACCAGCCUGACCAUCACGUGCACCAGCCUGACCAUCACAGGCGCCAGCCUGACCAUCACGAGCGCCAGCAGGAGCAUCACGGGCGCCAGCAGCACGUGCACGAGCACGAGUCGGAGCUCUUCCAGGCGUGGCGCCACAACCUGCUGCAGGAGUAUCGCGAUGAGGACUACCUGCCCAACUCCCUGGAGGACUUCUUAGCCAUACAAGAGGCGCGUGAGGCGUUCAUCCGUCAGUUCUCACAGCUGGAGACGUCUGCACAGACCCUGGAACUCCACCUGCGCAGCGUCGCCAAGGUUACCAACUGUAGCCUGCCAGAGGAGGAGGAGAAGGAGAAGGAGGAGGAGCAGAGAGAGGAGGUGAAGAGAGGAGGAGGAGGAGGAGGAGAGAAGAAGAAGAGGAGGAGGGGAGCGGCGGAGGAGGAGUGCGAUGCCCUGAGGGAGAGUGUGGCUGCUGUCAGCAGAGUCCAGGCCCAGCUGGAGACGGCAACUGGAGACCUGGGCAACAUGGUGAUCCCCUUCUCCAUCCCCAAAGGACCCAACGAGUGGAACGCAGCAGUCAACAAAUCUCACACACUGGCACAGAGCCAUGUGGCGGUAGCGGAGAGGAUGGAAUCGAUUGCCAUGGCGGCUCUGAGCGCGUCCAGAGAGACCCACUCACUCCUGCUCACACUGCUGCAGGGGAACGCCACCGAGAUGCACAUACAGGGCCUGGCACAACGGCUGUCGGACAUGCAGGAGUUGAAGGCCAGCCUGUCCUCCCAGGUCAACGAGAGUCUACAAGUUCACGCGACUCUGCAGGAGCAACAGGCUGAGGCGGCGGCCAUCUUGAAAAACAUCUCCUCCUCCAUGCUGGAGCUAAGAGGCAACAGCUCCAACACCACCACCACCACCAAUCCUUCCACUGCUACCAUGGUGACCAGCUCCACCCUCACUGCCACCACCACCACCACCACUACCAACCCUCCCACUGCUACCACGGUGACCAUGACCAGUUCCACCACCUUCAGUGUCACCAACGCUGAUGCUACUACUGUCACCAACGUUCCCUCUACUGUCACCAAUGCUGCCUCUACUGUCACCAACACCAACGCUCCGGCUGCCACCAGCUCAAGUCUGCCUGAUAUGAAGACCGGUGUCACCAGUGUCAACCAGUCACACAUCAACCAGACCAGCCCAGCAGGCACAGGCACAGAGCAGGGUCCUCUAGACACACUGGUGCUGAGCCUGGACAGGAGGGUGUUGGAGCUGGAUGCGCUGGUGCGGUCUAAAGAGGAGAAGGCUAACACCACCAGAGCUGAGCUCCAGCCGGACAUCCAACAGGGCCAGAGGAACAUCAAGACCAUCCAGGAGUUCCAACAGCUGACGGGGCUGGCCGAGGGGUUAAAAGUCUCGUCGCUGUCAUCCGUGGUGAAAGCCAAGGAGGUGGAGUCCGAGGCCUCGGUCCUGCGGCGAAAUCUAGAAGGCAUGCAUAAGGAGUGGCCCCGUAAGCAGAGUCAGACCAAGGCUGCGGUGCGCAAGGCUUGGGUGCUGGAGGAGAAGCUGCUGCAGGACGUGGGGAAGAAGGUGAAGGUGGCUGAGAGAGCCUUCCGGCCCGCCCAGGAGGACGCCUCGCAGGCACGCGACACCGCCACGCAGGCCGAGGCCAACGCUAACACCAUCUCCAAGAAUGCCAAAGCCACCCUGACGCAGACGAGGCAGGCGAAGCGAGCGUCUGCACAGCUGAGGUCGUCGGUGGAGCAGACGGAGCAGCAGCUGAGUAGCGGGGAGCAGCUGGUCAUGCAGAGGAUGGAGCAGGCACUGGCGCAGCAGGCAGAGCCCGAGGGGUCUCUGGGGAGCGUGUUGGAGAAGAUGGAGAUGGCCAAACACCAGCUGGAGUCCUACACGCACACGCUGGCCGAGCUGCUGGGCAAACUAGGAGAGGACUCGUCCCUGGAGCGGUUCGAGGGCAUCCUGGCGGAGACGGCAAGCCGUCUGACGGUGCUGCGUCGCGGCGUGGAGAGCCCCGCCCUCUCCAGGAAGAUCCAGACGCUGCGCUCGGCCGCCCAGGAGCAGCAGAAGAGCAUGGCCCGGCUGGACCAGAGCAUCCUGGAGAUACGGCAGGAGCGCGCCAGCCUGCAGGACAUCGUGCUCACCCUGCCCAAGUCGUGCCCAUAGACACUCUAGAGCAGUGGUUCCCAACCUUUUUUUCCUUGUGUACCCCCCUAAGCCUUUUCCUUGUGCCAUGAGUACCCCCUAACUUGUCAUGUUCUAUAUCGCUUUCUAGUAUAUUCCAAUCUAACUAAGCUCCAUACAUUUGUUAAAAAUUCAUCUUUCCAAGUACCCCCUGCAGUGUGCUCGCGUACCCCUAGUGGUACACGUACCCCUGGUUG